GUGUUGUCGUUACGAAGUCCCACAGCCCAGAGCAAGAACAGAAAAACUGGGGAGACGACGAUUCUGAAGAGGAGAGAAAUGAGGCUUUAGACUGGGAAGAGAGAGGAGAGCUAGACUUUGAGAGGCAGCUGAAUUUAGAAAAGAGAAGACAAGAUCUCCAGCGACAGUUAGCGCUUAUGGAUGAAGAGGAAGCUGCGAGGGAAAAAGCUGAGAGGAAAAUCAGAGAGCCAAAAAAAGACAGAGAGGAAGAAGCUAAACCUGUCGUUCCCGUCGUGCAUAGCAAGCUCCACCCCGAGAAGUCGUCCGUGUCACCUGGGGACGAGUUCUCGCCAGUCUCUUCGCAGUCAACACCAAAGAAAAAGAAAAAGAAGGUAGAUGGCGAAGCGAAAAAAGUAAAGACCAAGCGCAAGUUGUCGCCAGCAGAAAAGGAGCUUAAGAAAAGGAAAGGCGUCAAGGCAGCGGCUGAAGGCGUGGAAGCUAACACUGGCGAGGAAAGGACGCGAAAAAUCACAGAAUUGUCGCCCGAACCAUCAAAAAGUAAUAUCAGUAGAGAACAGCCUGAGUUUGAAGUUGUCGUUGAGGAAAAAUCACGAGCAGUAAAAAAGAAGCAGUCGAAGAACAAACCUAAGGUGAAUAGCGGUGAAGAUGCGUACGAGAGUCCCUCGGAUGUCGUACGGCGAUCUCAGAGACCGCUGCCUUCUGAGGAAAUCCCGCGGGACAAGAGGGCGUUUAGUCCCGAAGAACAGAGACAACCUGCGGAAAAGUUACGUCGACGAAUAGCUCUGUCUUCUCCAGAAACCGCUGAUUCCCCAACCUUUCGCUACGCUAGUGAGGAGAGGCGAAGGGUUACGGAUCUCCCCGAUGGAAGCCCUCGGAAACCUUUGCAUGAUGUUCAUGGCAACAGACCUCCGGGUGAAUCGAACUACAAGGCUAAAUCAAAGGGUUAUGACAAGCGUUAUAGACAAGAGGACUCUCCGGGGGGAACACCGGAGCAUGGCCGCAGAGCAGCGGUCAAGGAUCAGCGUCAAGUCGAGGAAGGACGGGUAGAGAGAAGAAAGGUCAUUGUCGAGGAACCGCCACCGCGAAGCCCAUCUCCCGAAGAUAUACCCCCACGGGGCCCGAUUACACCACCCGAAGAGCAAAGAAGGCGCCGAACACCUCCCAGGGAGGAUAGAAGAGGGCCACGAACUCCCCCUGGUGAGCCUGAAUAUGAUACUGAUGUACAAAAACAUUUGACGAGUGAGCGAGCCCCACCCAGGCGGAGGGGACCCCAAACGCCACCUCACCCUUCCACUCCCCCGGUGCGGGCAAGAUUUGACAAAAAACGUGAAGAGAUUUACGAGGGACGGCCCGAGUCUGUGCCUUAUCGCGAAGAUUUGCCGAGGCCUAAAGAUCGAGCUGACCGUGACACAAGGUACGCUAGGGCGAGGGGUGAAGAGGUAGCUGAUGAGUUGUCUCGAGGUGGCCGAGGACAUCCUCCAACAGAGGAAGACUUCCCUAGAAGUCGAGUUCAGGAUGAGGAGAUCGGUCGUGCACGACAUCGUGAUGACCGUCAAGAAGACUUCCAUCAACGCGGGCGCCCGCGGGACGACCGAGCUGACGAUUUUCAUCGACCACGGGAAACUGAACCAGAACGAAGCGAUGAUCACCACCGAAAUCGGGUCGACGAUCCAAGAGGUGAUGAGUUCCAGCGACGAAAACCCGAGGGAGAUGAUGAUUAUCUUCGUAGAAGGGAAGAACGAGAUGAAGGCCAUUUUCGCGGACGGAAUCGAGAGCUGGAAAAAGACGACGAGCGCCAUCGACGUAGAGACGAACGCGGUGAUGAGCAUCAACGAGGCAGAGGUCGAGACGACUACGAAGAUGAAUUGCAAAGGCCUCGCGGUCGGGAUAUUCCCAGGCGUCAGUUUGAAGGUGAUGACAGACACUGGGAAGGACGUGGGGAGAGAGAUUCUAAAGAAGGACAGUUUUUGAUCGGGAUAGACGGCGAAAUGACAUCCCGCGGCAAGAUAUGCCUGACAAGUAAGUUGAGAGUCCCCAGUAGGUUUUUCGGGAUUCGGUGGUCGCUUUAUUUGAAGGCCCACACCACUGUUCGAAAAGAGUAGGGGACGUAGAGUCCUGUGGUUUGGCCAACCUUUCCUGGGCUGGGGUAAGGUUAUCUUUAUAUAGGGAUAACCUCAUGAUUCUCCUUCAGGUGUAGUCACGGCUACCUGUAAAAAGUGUCUGUAUGUAUGUCUUCACGCAGGUUACAUAGCACCUUGUUUUGUGGGAUGACAUGGAUUCUCUCUUUAUAAACUCUAAGGAUGGACUCUUUAAAGCGAUGUAGAUUUUUCACGUUCCAUAUAGAGCUCUUCCCUAAUAUACUUAUUUCAAAUCUUUAUCUUUCAGUCGCGCCCGUGAAAGACCUGGCGAGAGACCACGUGACAGAGAUGGUCGUCAUCCUCCUCCCGGACCUGACUAUCACAGACGCACUUCCCCCAUCUCCCAUGGCCCGCGACGAUCUCCCCCGCCACACGGCCCCCCACGGGGUCCGCAUCGUUACAUGGAGCGCCGGCGAAGUUUAUCCCCAGGCGGUCGCAGAGAUGAAGGUUACCGACCGGGACCUCCCAGAGAUCAGGGUGGUUAUGGUAUGGGACGAGAGACAAUGCGUGGAAGAGGUGGAUAUUCAGCGCCUUUUGAUAGCCGUGGUAGACCAAUGGACGACGGACGAAGGCGAAAUUCACCCCCACCUAGACAGUAUGCGGAUAGAGGCAGAGGAGCUCCCCGUGGGAGGGGAGCCAGAGGUAAGUGUGGCCGGGUCAAUGUGCUGUUACAAGACGCACGUCAAGCGGAAGUGGUCUUUUUUUCAUUUUUUGAUGGUGAUUUUGCCCCAAUUUUUGGACAAAUCGUCUCUAUAAUAGUAAAGACACUAAGAAAUACAAGUUUGGGAGCGUCAAGGUGCUUUAAAACAAAAAAGACCUAAAUGUUUUUGUUACAGUUUAAAAAGUAACUUUCAUGUGGUGCUUUGGUCGUCCUAAGCGAUAAAGGUUUCUGCUGUUUAACGUAGUGUGAAGACUGUUAACAGUGCCCUAUUUUUGCUUAAGAUCGUCAGGCGACCAUGUUAGGUUUGUAUGUACCGAGGGGGUGGGCGUUGGGGUUUAUAGCGGUGGGGGGAGGAAGGCCUCCCCCCAAACCCUCCUCCGCCCCUUAAGUAGGUUUGACACACAUCUCUAGGCUAAACGCGGAACAUUUAAAACCAAGAUGGCCACCCGUAACGCAAAGCGCUCGAUCUCGACGAACUUACGAAAAAAUAGGGGACAGUAAACAGCUUAAUGUAGUGUUAGACUGUAAAAUUUCUCGCAUAUUACUUAGCAUGCAUGUAUUUCUAUGAGAUACUGUGUCGCUAAAAGGCAGAUAUAAACGCAGUAUAUAGUUUGAUUAUCAUUCCUCGUGUUAAGGUAACAAAGCAAGUUUUUUUUUUCGUUUGAACUUCGAUUUGUUUGUUCGCUUUAAUAAAGUAAGUGAUUUGUUUGAACAGCGGGCCGAGGCUUCCCCGACAGAAUGCGUCCGCCAGGGGACAGGUUCCAAGAACCUCCUCGCGACAGCCGAGCACCGUGGGAUCCUGAACGUCGCCGUGAAAGAGAGCAUCCACGUGACCGGGGACGACCACAUGAUGAAUCACGAGAUAGAGAAAGACGUCCGAGAAGUGAGCUGUCUCCAGGUCGUGGACAGAGACACUGGGAGGAUAAGAGAGGCGGUAGGUUUUUAACAGUAUAGGUUAUGAACAAUUUGAAAUGUUUAAAUUGUCUUCUCUUAUUUACAAAUCUGAUUCAAGAACACUGCGCGGCGGGACUAGCUCAGUCGGUAGAGCGCUUGACUGCAGAGCGGGAGGUCGUGAGUUCGAUUCGCGGGGCCGGACCAAUAUUCAGAGUCUUAAAAUAACUGAGAAAUGAAGGUACUCCCUUUGCACUGCAAACGGCGGGACCUACGCGUGGCUCGGAUGACCACGUAAAAUGGUGGUCUCCAAUUAGCACUUUCGUGCAAAAUACAUUGACACUCAAAUAAAAUGCUUUUUUUUGUUUACUAAGAGGUGUUAAAGGGAGAAUCAGAAGAGAGUCUCUUAAAUUCUAAAGGUUGGUACACACCAGGCGACAAGUUGCAGCAACAUGUCGCGACGACACGUUGCAGCGACAAAUCGCUUCGUGGUCGUGGAGAAUUUUUGUGAAAAUCUUUGUCGCUGCAACAUAAUUUUGUCGCCUCAACGAGUCGCACAAAUUUAGUCUGAUUUGAUUUUUUGCGACUUGUUGCAGAGACAAGAUUCUGUUGCGGAGACAAAGAUUUUCACAAAAAUUCUCCAGUACACACGAAGUGAUUUGUCGCUGCGACGUGGCGCCGCAACGUGUUGCUGCAAGAAGUCGCCGGUCCUGUACACAUGGAGUUAUCUGGUCACCCCGACUUGUUGCUGCAACUUGUCGCCUGGUGUGUACCGACCUUAAGACAAGGGCGACUACGAGAACCGGAUUUUAUCAAUACUAACUAGUGUGCACGGGUUAACAAGCAUCAUUUUGGCGGGAAAACGCGAUAGCCAGCCUCAUUCUACUACGGGUUUUAGCGAAAAUGUCCUAGACCUACUUAUGACUUAAUUUUUACUCGCCAAUUUCGUAGGAAGCCCAGGACGUGGUAGUAGCCCCCCACGUGACCGGCGAGCGCAUGAGCAGGAGAAAAUACCGCGUGAAGUGGAGGAAGAUCGCAGACGUAGAUCAGAGAAUGAAGAGGACGAGUGGGAAUAUGAAGAAGAUAUUGGAGAUGACAAAGAAAGAAUACCAAAACAAGGAGAAAGGUAUGUGAAGUACAGUAUUACGGCUGACAACUUACUAAGCCACCUCCCCUUGUAUUACCCUUGCGUUCCGUUGGCGCGACUCACCUUACCCUGUUACAUAGUACCUUUUCGUAUAAAGUACCCGUUAGAAAAAGGCUACCUGCAGUGAAACAACUUUAAAGGGGAACAACAGACCUGGCCCCAGUUGUUCAAAAGAUGGAUAACGCUAUCCACCAGAUAAAUCACUAUCCACUGAAUAGCGCAAUUGGUUUCCCUAACACUUAUCCCGUUGGAUAGUGAUUUAUCCGGUGGAUAACGCUAUCCAACUUUUAAACAACAGGGGCCAGCAUUUUAUUCCGCUGGGGCCAGGAGCUGGAAUGAAAGAGUCAUCCGCCAGUCUAACAUGCUGUGAUGCAAUGCAGGCAUUUUCUGGUAACGUGACGAGUGCUAGAAGUCUGUUAGAUUGUGUAUUACAGAGCCCACAGUUCAGUGGAACCAGUAAAGAGGUAGUCUCCCUCGCAGCCGUUUUUGUCUCGUGACGGAGAAAUCGUUGCGUGACGAGACUAAAUUGGCUGGGUGGGAGACUAGGGGGAGCUUCUUUACGGAUAUCCUCUUAAUACGUUAAUUAUGUUGACAAUGUGCUUUUUAAUCACAGAAAACGACCCAGAGAAAAUACGUCGUCUGUGUCUACAACGGAGUCGCCAUUAGCAGGGAAGCGACGACGAAGUGAAACGCCGGAGACAGAAGAGACAGCGGUUCCGGAAGCAGCUGAAGUAGGAGACAAGAGUGGCGAAGCCCAACCCACCACAGAAACACCAACCAAACAAACUAAGCCCGAAACAGGGACACCUAUCAAAGCAGUUACCAAAAUAAAAAAGAAGAAGGCUGGGAAAAAGGAAGGGAAGAUCGUGAAAUCCGAAGGUGAAGGAAAUGUUGAAAGUCACAUGACCCAAGAAACGGUACCGGAAACCGAAGCUCAGAUUGAAAGUGAGAGACAGCCUAAAAGCGAGAAAAAACACAAGAAAGAUAAGGUAAAAACCAAGGAGAAGGCGACAAAAAAGAAGAAGAAAAGCUCUACAACAUCAGCAGAGGAAACCGAUGUAGUGUCGGAAUUACCUGAUGAACCGAAGAACGCCCCGGAGGAAGGCGGGGCCGUUCCAUCGGAAAAGAUCGGAGAGGCGAUUCAGCCGUCGGAGGGAGAGACCAUUAGUAAGUUGGCAAAGAAACGCAGGCAUGGAGAUGCUCCUGAAGGAGAUGAAACCAAAGGAAAAGGAAGCGAUAAACCGCCCAAGAAAAAGAAAAAGAAAAAACAUCAGCCCGAAGUAGUCUUUCAACCGUGGGCAGACCUUGAAGGUGAAGACGAGGACACGAGCUCAGGCAAGUUGGAGAACAGUGAUCAAGUGAGUGAUAAAGCUGCCCUGAUGCAAAAGGAUAGAGAAAAUGAUGGAGAAAAAUUGACUAGCGAAAAUACAGGCGGCAAACAGGAUUCUUCCAAAGUCGAAGAGCAAGUGGCGGUUUUCAGUGAUUGGAGCGACGACAGCCCGAUCGGGGACGACACUUGGUCGGAUAUAAACGAGCCGGCGGAAAUCGCCGACAACAAGCCGAAAGCCAGCGAGGAUGUACCCACCAAGGUUGGUUCGCCUGUGGAAAAUUCGGUGCCUGCCUAUGACGAUGUUUAUGAUCCGAUAAGCGAUGAUGAACUUGAUGCGAUGUUAGGAGACGAAGAUGAGGAGGGUGGUGUUGGGAUUUCUGGCGCUACAGGUCAUGCUAGUGCCCCUAUGGCGGUAGAGGACGUGGAUUGGAGUGCUUUGGUCACCACCCAAGGCUCAACGGAGAAAACAGGUAUGAAAAUUUGCCAUCUUUUGUGUCGUGCGUAUUAUUGUCUAGUUCUUCUGAAUAUGAUUCGAGAUCGAAGAAUGUAAACAGCAAUUUGCUUUCUAAGUUCAUUUCAGGUUCAUUUUCAUUCCCAACUUUGCGUUUCAGCUAACACAUGAUUCAGUCCACGGGCCGGCUUUGUUUGAGAAAUACAUGUAUACCAGCAGGCCACAACCAGGAGCGAGCAACUUCCAUGUACUCGUGUCAUGAAAUUUUCACCGACCAGUAUAGUUUUGGCGCGAUUUUGGCGCGAUUUUGGAACAUCUUUCAAGUCCCACAAACCAGUCAGCAAAACUACACAUUUAGUUGAAUUUCCUUUUUGACAUUCUCUACUUUAAAUACGCUCUUGGGUGGAAUGUACCUUCCAUUUUCGGUGGAAAGGUGCCCUAAAGUGUAUCUAAAAAUAAACCGUCGUGUAACAUUGGCUUAGUAUUAAAGUUGCACGCUUCGGGUUAUGGGAUCCUGGUAGACACAUUACUAUGUAUCAAUGCAGUACAUCACACGUUUUGGUACUAUGCAGUUUUUCUGUUGUCUCUGGUUUGUAGGAGUCGAGCCUGGAUCUCACUUAAAGCGUUUCACUCCUGGUAGCGUGUUCUCCCGUAUUGGAGUCUCUUCCUCGCUUGCUGGUCCGCGGCUAACCAAACUAGUACAGGAAGCGUGCGCAAAGGCAGCAAACGAAAACCCCACUGGGGCAGAGACAGUCGAGCCUACUGACGUCGAGGGCGUGAGGGGGUCUCCAGUUAACAAUAGUAUUGGGGCGCUAAUGGCAGGUGCUGCUGCAAAAAGGCGGGAAAGACAGUUGUUGUUUUCUGACGUUGGACCGUGUAGACGGGCUCUAUGCGCCCGCAAGGAUCUGGCUAUGAGAAAGCGGUUGCGAAGGUUAACUGGAAAGGUACGUUAUAACUUCAAACGCAGAAGUCGACCAUUUUUAUUAAUUCGCGUGCUGUCAUGAAUAAUAGUCCAAUGAGCGAAAAUAGAAUACUUGAACAUUUUUGCCUAGUCAUUUUCGUUUGUUUCUUAUUUUUAAUGUUAACUUUUUUACGCGAGAACUAUGCCGGCUUCAUUUAUUUAGGAUUUAAAAUUAUUCUUUUUUAGUUUGAGUUUUAAGUUCUUAUUUCUGUGUAGCCAGAAGUUUGUAUUCUUCUAUUACCUUUAAAUUAUCUUGUCGGUAAAUAUAAGUACACUGUAUACCUUAAACUAUAAAUCUAACUUGCCUUACAUGAUAUUUGCUUGAUUUUUAGGUCGGCGUUUUCCAGACUCCGCCCUCUGCCCCAGUCGACAAUGAACUUUAUUUGAUGAGCGUGGCCUUGUACAAACACGAACAAACCUCUACAGACUCCUCUAAUGGAAAACUUAUCCCCUCAAGGGUGGGGUCAGUUCUUGCCACGCUGACUUCAUAAGCCUAUUAUAAUAUCUUCUUUUGCAAUCCCAAUUCCAGAAACUAGGGAAAUGUGUAGAAGCUUUUGGCGCAACGAUUUCUCGGAUCAUUUGGGUGGAUAAGC